UUAUUGUAUUGUCAUCCAAAUAUUUUGAAAAGUAUACAUAUUGAAUAUUAAUCUUUCAGGUUGAAUGUCCACCACCAAGGACAACAGCAAGACUUCUAGACAAAUUGGUUGGGGAGUUUCUGGAGGAGAAAUGUAUAAACCCCACAUUUAUAUUGGACCACCCCCAGAUUAUGAGUCCCUUGUCCAAGUACCAUAGGGAUAUUCCUGGUUUAACAGAGAGGUUUGAACUCUUUGUAAUGAAGAAAGAAAUUUGCAAUGCAUACACAGAGUUAAAUGAUCCUGCCACUCAAAGAGAGAGGUUUGAACAGCAAGCCAAAGAUAGAGCAGCUGGUGAUGAUGAGACUCCACCUACUGAUGAAGCAUUUUGCACUGCUUUGGAAUAUGGUCUGCCUCCUACUGCUGGAUGGGGUUUGGGCGUUGAUCGUCUUACAAUGUUCUUGACCAAUUCCAACAACAUCAAAGAAGUACUACUGUUCCCUGCUAUGAAACCAGAUGACCCAAACAAACACAAUGCUGAAGGAGAAAAUGCAUCCGCCGAACCUCCAGUUCAAAAUGGAGCCUGAACAAUUAAUUAUUAAGUUUCUGAUUGUGUGAAAUGCCUUCUUUAUGUUAUAAUAACUAACACUGAUUUUCUUUUUAACAAUAAAUUAUGUUAUUACAUGAA